UACACAUUCAAUUCCAUCAUGAGGUCAGCCAGUUCUUUACUCGACGUCUUUAAAAUCUGUGUCUGUUUUCAAGUGGCUAUCUUCAUCACACUCAUUCGCGGUUAUGUCAUUUCUUCUUCAAGCUUUCGCUUAACUCUGUUUGUAACAUUGUUGAUCCUUACAUUUCUGUCCCCUGCUCAUGCUGAAAAAGACAUGUCUUUGUUUGAGUUUUUCUUAACAAUCUUAACUAGCACAUCAUCUUUUGUCAUUAGUGAAUCACCAUUAAUUGUGAUUCUUAUCCUCACUGAUCCAUCACUUAUAUCUACCAUCCAACCUCGGUUGGAAAGAUUUCUAGCUAAUCGUUCUUCUAUUUCUUCCACUUCUCUUGUAAAGCCCAUCUUUGUGUUAGAAUCCAAUGAACCGCAGGCUCCCAGCUGGCCCGAAAUUCCCACAGAUAUGAUCUGUGAAAUUGGAAAUCGACUUCCUACUUUCAUAGAUUUUAAAGCGAUUUCAGCGGUUUGUAGCCGUUGGCGUUCUGCUUGUUUGGAAACUACAAGGUGGUCCUUGUUUCCAUGGCUGAUGCUUUCCGAUUCACUAGAUACUGACCUGCCAUGUUUCUUUAAUCUCUGCGACAAUAGACGUUACCACUUUUGCGGAAAACGUCUAUUGUUUCGCGGAAAACGUUGUUGGGGAUCUCAAUAUGGUUGGGUUGUAACAUUGGGUCCUGAUUAUGUAUCCCAGCUUGUGCACCUUAUGAAAGGAAAACAAAUCAAUCUUCCACCACUAGACAAAAUUCGAAGACUGGCUGGCACUGAUCUGGAGUGGUUUCGCCUUGUACACAAAUUUAUUCUUUUCAAGGACCCUUCCAAUGAGUAAUCAAAUUUCCUUGUCAUUGCAAUUUUCGGCUCCAUGAAUCGCUUGGCUUUUUCUAGAGUGGAAGAAGGAGCGGCUUUGAACAGAAGGGGACAAGGAGAGUGGGCUAUUGUUAACAAUUCAAACAAUUUGAGAUUCAAAGAUGUUGCUUGUUUUAAAGAUCAUAUAUAUGGACUUUGUGAUAAUGGCAUGCUGGUGCGCUUUGACCUUGAUGCUCCUUUGUCAGCUGAGGUACAAGUUAUUGUUUCCCAUCCAAGCAAAGAAGAUGUAGGCACACCCCAAAAACUAUAUUUGAUGGAGACAUCGAAAAAUCUUUACGGGGUUUUUCGUUAUGAAUUUUAUAUUCCUUCAAAGAUGAGGCAUGAGACUAUAUAUUUUUUGGUCUAUAAGUUUGACUUCGGUGCCAAGGUUUGGGAGGAGGUGAGAGGCUUGGAAGAUCAAGUUUUUUUUGUUGGCCAUGGCAAUUCCUGUUGCAUUCCUACAAGCACUAUCAAUAGCAGACGUAAUUGCAUAUACUUCACAGACGACAAUUGGGAUUCGCAAAGGUACCCAGGAGUGGCAUAUGGAGGCCAUGACGUGGGAGUGUUUGACAUGGCAACUAGGGUUAUUCAACCCCUUCCAUUCGGUAAUGACAAUCCUCUCUUUUAUUCUCGACCAGGUUGGGUUACACCUCGUUUAUAUACGUAGAUUUCUUUGUUUCCUCUAAAACUGUAUGCUUAUUAAUUGAAGAGGUAGAAGUGGUUUUGAAUCUUCAGAACCUGGCUUCUUUGAUGGCCAAAUACAACUUGGUAAUCUAGUUUGUAAGCAGGACACAAUCUUAAAUUAAUUUUAAGAAUAUUUACAGUA